AUGGCUACUUCCACUAAAAUUCAUCCCGCAACAUUGGCUACCAACAUUAAAACUUAUGUGCCCAUUCAACUUGAUGAAGAGGGUAUUAAGUUUAAUACUUGGGUCACUCUCUUUAAACUUCAUUGUCGAACUAACCUUGUGGAUGAUCAUCUUAUUCCUGAUGACUCCUCUAAACCAUCGGUUCCUCGGGAUGCCGAAUGGCAACAUCUUGAUGAUAUUGUUCGCACAUGGCUUUAUGGUACUAUUAGUUCGGCUCUUCUUUCAACUAUAGUGUGUCCCAAGGAUUGUGCUCUUGAUACUUGGAACCGAAUUGAAAAUAAUUUCAAAACAAUAAAACUUCCCGCUUAUUGUAAUGAACUUCAAAAUCUUCCAACUACCCUUAACAAUCUUGCUACUUCUAUUUCUUAUAGUCGAUUGGCCCUUCAACUUAUUCAUGGUCUCACAUCCAAGUAUCGUACUUUUCGAUCUUUGGUGCAACAUUUAACACCCACUCAUUCUUUUGAUUCUCUCCGGUCUAUGUUGGAGUUAAAAGAGCACACAAAUAAGAAAGAUAACACUCUUCCUCAAGAUUCGGCCCUCGUUGUUAAUAAUCGCACACAAAAUUUUGAUUUUUUGGAAAAUUCGAAGCAUAGGCCUAAUUCUAGUACUCGUGGGGGCCGCCAUCAAACUCGUCGUGGUGGCCUAAACCACCGCAGCCCCCACCCCAGCCAGCACUACAGCCAGCAACAGGGGUUUGGACCUUCGCCCAAUCCAUCAUACUCUAGGUCUAGGCCCAACCGUCACUCCUUUCAUGGUCCUCCUCAUUCCUUUUGGAAUCACGCAUUGUGGGCUUCUUGGCAUUCUCCUAAUUGGGCUCCAGCUCCAUGCCUAUAUCCUACUUAA